GUUAUUCUUUAAGGCUCGUCUACAUUUUAUUUAAACCAUGAUCUGAGCCUCGUAUUUUGAGUCUAUCUUCUGGCUCAACUCCAGCUUUCUAGCCUUGGAAACUGUUUAUGCACUCACAUAUUCGUUUCUUUGUUUAAAGGAAAAGAGAGAGGGUAUUUCGCUGCUGGAACGAGUCGCAAGGUGUAUUUAACCCGAGAACUUCACCACGUCCAAAGCCAACAAAAGAAAUUUAAAACAACACGGGAAAAUGGUCGAACUACCAAAGACGUACAAGGCGGGCGUCUUGACGGGGAAAAAGAAGCCCAUCGAAUUCCACGAGAGGGAACUGAAGCUCCCUGGUGCCGGCCAGGUCCUGGUCAAAGUGCUCGCCUGCGGCGUGUGCUUCUCGGACGUGAACGCGCAACGCGGGGAAUAUGGCGACGACGUGUAUCCCCGCGUCCCGGGGCACGAGCUCGUCGGCGAGGUCGUUGCCAUCGGUAGCGGCGUGACGAGAUUUAAGGGUGGCGAGAGAGUGGGCGGGCCGUGGCAUGGAGGCCACGAUUGGACGUGCCGCCAGUGCGCCCGCGGCCAGUUCCAAAUGUGCGAUAACCAGGAAGUCAAUGGUGUCAGCCGAGAUGGCGGAUACGCAGAGUACACUUACCUCCGGGAAGAGGCGGUGGUGCGGGUGCCGUCGAAUGUGGACCCGGCGGAGACGGCGCCGCUGCUCUGCGCGGGCGUGACGGUGUUCAACUCGAUGCGCAAGAUGCACGUGGAGCAGGGCAACAUGGUGGCGGUCCAGGGGGUCGGGGGAUUAGGCCACCUGGCGGUGCAGUACGCGAACAAGAUGGGGUACAACGUGGUGGCGAUCAGCUCGGGGGACGAGAAGCGGGCGUUCGCGGAGCAGCUCGGCGCCCACCAGUACAUCGACGCGAGCCGCGAGGACCCGGUCAAGGCGCUGCAGGCGCUGGGCGGCGCGGCGAUGAUCGUGUCGACGGCGCCCAACGCCGCGGCCAUCAGCCCGCUGGUCGGCGGGCUGCAGGCGGGCGGGAAGCUGCUGGUGCUGGGCCCGCCGCACGACCCCGUCGCCUUCGACACCCUGCUGAUGAACAUGAAGAGCCUGUCCGUGCACGGGUGGUCCAACGGGCACGCGCUGGAUUCGGAGGAGGCGAUCCAGUUCUCGGUCGACCACGGCGUCAGGUGCUGGGUCGAGAAGUACCCGCUUGCGGAGGCGGCGAAGGCGAUGGAGACGUGCGCGGCGAAUAAGGCGAGGUUUAGGAACGUGUUGAUCCCGUGAGAUUGGGCAAAGUAGUUGGUGCAUUGAAGUAGGCGUUGUGAUAGAAGAGAGAGAGCUACUCUAGGAACAUAGGGGAGGGGAGGGGAAGGGGGGGUUAUAGUGGAAAAGUUGUUGAAUGUAAAAAGUGUUGGCUUUGGAGAUAGAGUGGGUUGGGUUGGGUUGGUAAGACUGAAAUUCCUAUAUUUUAUUCAUGAAAUAUAAUUAUGAUCCUGAUUGUGUUUUGUAAGAGCUCCUCACAUAAAUACCUAAGGUAAUUUAUACCUUCUUCCUAUUUUAGGUUAAGAGGUAGGUACCUUUCAUAAACAAUCCUUCCAUC